UCUUAAAGAGAUAGGCACCUACUUUCCCUCCACCCUAAACACCGCCCUGAGGGCGGCGGCGGCGGCGACCGGGAUAAUUGCAGCCGCUCAGGGGCAGGGCUUGCCCCAGCGCAGAAUAGUGGCAACGGCGUGUCGCGUCGGGGGUGCCUGGGAGCCGGGAGCCUCAGGGACGUGAGAUCGGCAGCUCCCCAGGCGGACCCACUCUCCCUCCCGGAAAGAGGUGCUGCCGAAUCUGCGCGGGGCAGCUGGACCGCCCCGAGGGGCUUCCUCAGUGGAGGAGAGGUGGGGUUCCAGGGCACAGGUGACAGGGCCGGAGAAAGAUGGAGCAGCCCGGGGCGGCGGCGGCGGCGGGCGCGGGAGGCGGCGGCGAGGAACCCAGUGGGGGCCGAAGCAACAAGCGGAGCGCGGGGAACCGGGCCGCCAACGAAGAGGAAACGAAAAACAAACCAAAAUUGAACAUUCAAAUAAAAACUUUGGCAGAUGAUGUGCGUGACCGAAUUACAAGUUUUAGAAAAUCUACUGUCAAAAAAGAAAAACCUCUUAUCCAACAUCCUAUUGAUUCUCAAGUUGCCAUGAGUGAGUUUCCAGCGGCUCAGCCAUUAUAUGAUGAACGAUCUUUAAAUUUGUCUGAAAAAGAAGUACUGGAUCUCUUUGAAAAAAUGAUGGAGGACAUGAACCUUAAUGAAGAACGAAAAGCUCCUUUACGAAACAAAGAUUUUACCACCAAGCGUGAGAUGGUUGUCCAGUAUAUUUCUGCUACUGCCAAAUCUAUAGUUGGAAGUAAAGUUAUGGGAGGGCUGAAAAACAGCAAACAUGAGUGCACCCUGUCUUCACAAGAGUAUGUUCAUGAAUUACGAUCUGGUAUUUCAGAUGAGAAACUUCUUAACUGCCUAGAAUCUCUGAGGGUUUCUUUAACCAGCAAUCCUGUCAGCUGGGUUAACAACUUUGGCCAUGAAGGUCUUGGACUAUUGUUGGAUGUGCUGGAAAAGCUUCUGGACAAGAAACAGCAAGAAAACAUUGAUAAGAAGAAUCAGUAUAAACUUAUUCAGUGCCUCAAAGCAUUUAUGAACAAUAAGUUUGGAUUGCAAAGGAUCCUAGGAGAUGAAAGAAGCCUUUUAUUAUUGGCAAGAGCAAUUGACCCCAAACAACCCAACAUGAUGACUGAAAUAGUAAAAAUACUUUCUGCUAUUUGCAUUGUUGGGGAAGAGAACAUUCUAGAUAAACUUUUAGGAGCUAUAACUACAGCAGCAGAACGAAAUAACAGAGAACGAUUUUCACCAAUUGUGGAAGGAUUAGAAAACCAUGAAGCUUUGCAAUUACAGGUGGCUUGUAUGCAGUUUAUAAACGCCCUGGUUACAUCUCCUUAUGAGCUUGAUUUUCGAAUACAUUUAAGGAAUGAAUUCCUUCGUUCAGGACUAAAAACAAUGUUACCUGAUCUGAAAGAAAAGGAGAAUGAUGAGCUUGAUAUUCAGUUGAAAGUAUUUGAUGAGAACAAAGAGGAUGACCUAACUGAAUUAUCACACCGUCUCAAUGACAUUCGAGCAGAAAUGGAUGAUAUGAAUGAAGUAUACCAUCUUCUGUAUAACAUGUUGAAGGACACUGCUGCUGAAAAUUACUUAUUAUCCAUUCUACAACAUUUUUUGCUCAUCAGAAAUGAUUAUUAUAUCAGGCCACAGUAUUACAAAAUAAUUGAGGAGUGUGUUACACAGAUAGUGCUGCACUGCAGUGGUAUGGACCCAGAUUUCAAGUAUAGACAAAGACUAGACAUUGAUUUCACUCAUCUGAUAGACGCUUGUGUGAACAAGGCAAAAGUUGAAGAAAGUGAACAAAAAGCAGCGGAAUUUUCAAAGAAGUUUGAUGAAGAAUUCACAGCUCGACAGGAAGCUCAAGCUGAGCUUCAAAAAAGGGAAGAAAAAAUCAAAGAGCUUGAAACAGAAAUCCUGCAACUUCGAACCCAGGGACAUGGACUCUCAGGUGCAUCAGGCAUUCCAGGCCCCCCUCCACCGCCUCCAUUGCCAGGUGUUGGGCCACCCUCAGCCCCACCCCCACCAGCGCCACCUCUACCUGGAGUAGGUCCUCCUCCUCCUCCACCUCCUUUACCUGGAGGGCCUGGAAUACCACCGCCUUUGUUUGGGGGACCUCCUCCACCACCUCCCCUUGGAGGAAUUCCUCCUCCUCCAGGAACAGUACUUGAUCUGCCCCAUGGAAUGAAGCAGAAAAAAAUAUAUAAACCUGAGGUGUCCAUGAAGAGAAUCAACUGGUCAAAGAUUGAACCCAAAGAAUUAUCUGAGAGCUGUUUCUGGUUGAAAGUUAAGGAGGACAAGUUUGAAAAUCCAGAUCUUUUUGCAAAACUGGCACUGAAUUUUGCUACACAAAUGAAAGUUCAAAAGAAUGCAGAAGCUUUAGAAGAAAAGAAGAGCCUGCCUACAAAGAAGAGAGUGAAAGAGUUGAGAAUUUUAGAUCCCAAAACAGCCCAGAAUCUGUCUAUCUUCCUAGGAUCAUAUCGUAUGCCAUAUGAAGAUAUAAAAAACAUCAUUCUGGAGGUUAAUGAAGAUAUGUUGAGUGAGGCCUUAAUUCAGAAUCUUAUAAAACAUCUUCCUGAGCAGAAGGUACUCAGUGAAUUAGCACACUUGAAGAAUGAAUAUGAUGACCUUUGUGAGCCUGAACAAUUUGGAGUUGUGAUGAGCUCGGUGAAAAUGUUGCGGCCUCGUCUCAAUAGCAUUCUUUUCAAGCUCAUGUUUGAAGAACAUGUAAACAACAUCAAACCAAGCAUCAUAGCAGUAACUCUGGCCUGUGAAGAACUGAAGAAAAGUGAAAGCUUUCACAGACUUUUAGAGUUAAUCCUUUUGGUUGGAAACUACAUGAACUCAGGCUCAAGAAAUGCCCAGUCUUUCGGUUUUAAGAUCAACUUUCUCUGUAAGAUCCGAGACACUAAAUCAGCAGAUCAAAAAACAACCCUUUUGCAUUUUAUUGCUGAAAUUUGUGAAGAAAAAUACCGGGAUAUCCUGAAAUUUCCUGAAGAACUGGAACAUGUAGAAAGUGCAAGCAAAGUUUCAGCUCAAAUUCUCAAGAGCAAUCUUGCAGCAAUGGAACAACAAAUAGUUCAUCUGGAACGUGACAUCAAGCAAUUCCCCCAAACAGAAAAUCAACAUGAUAAGUUUGUGGAAAAGAUGACAAGCUUUACAAAAAGUGCCAGAGACCAAUAUGAAAAACUGUAUACCAUGCACAACAACAUGGUAAAGCUCUAUGAAACUCUUGGAGAAUACUUUAUUUUUGACGCUAAGACAGUAAGCAUAGAAGAAUUUUUUGGUGAUCUCAGCAACUUCCGAACUUUGUUCCUGGAAGCAGUGAAAGAAAACAAUAAGAGAAAAGAAAUGGAAGAGAAGACUAGAAGGGCAAAGCUUGCAAAAGAAAAAGCUGAACAAGAAAAGUUGGAACGCCAGAAGAAAAAGAAACAACUCAUUGAUAUAAACAAAGAGGGUGAUGAGACUGGCGUGAUGGAUAAUCUUCUAGAAGCCCUGCAAUCAGGUGCAGCAUUCCGGGACCGCAGAAAGAGGAUUCCAAGGAAUCCAGAUAACAGACGAGUACCUUUGGAAAGGUCACGCUCUCGCCACAAUUGAGCUAUCUCAUCUAAGUGAUUCCUGAUGCCAAAGAAUAUGAAAAUAUUUAAGUCAACAAAGUCAUUCAUUCUGAGAAGAACAAAACAUGCACUCAAGGGAUGGAGAAGAAAUAAGUGCGUUUCUGCAAAGAUCAAGCUGUGUAAAAUAGCGUGCAUCUCUAAAGCUACUGAAAGACUCCUCCCACAGUUAUACAAAUACAACACAAUCAUCAGGAUUAUAAAAUGUGUGUUCCAUUUUAGUGCAAAGAUGUAUAUUAUUCAUUAUUGUGUGUGGCCUGACAGUGAUAAUGAAAAGUGUGAGAAACUGAAGAGUUCUUUCUGAGGCUUUCAAAACCAUUCAGUCUGUCAAAAAUGUAUAAUGUUACUCGAAUUUGAAGUCACUCCCCUCCCUCAAAAAGGAAGUAAAAAGAAGAAAAAGAAUAGAAAGAAUUAGUCAAUGUCUGCUUCUGAUUCCUAUUGUUUAAAAAAAAAAGGGAAAAGGCCAGGAAAAUGUGUAUGUUAAUGGUUUGGAGAAGCAUUGAUAUUGCACACUUUAUACGAGAAGUCAUUUUGGAAACUCAGAAAAAGUACUGCUUCACCCCCAUCAAGUUAUUUAGAAUCUUAUCUCAAGUGAAAGUUGAUGGAUUCAUCUGCUUUGGCUGAAAUUAAACUUAUCAUUAAUAUAGAGUUUCAGCAUGAUAUUGCAGGCACUUGCCAUGGCUAAAAAUAAACCAAAGUUUAACAGAAGCAGUUAGAGAAAGUGAUUUAAACUUUAUUUAAAGAGGUAUUUUCUAAUUAUGCACAUAUAUCUACUUUAUACAAAGACUUUGUAUGGCUAUUUUUGAGAAAAACCGCAUGUUUUAAUGUUUAUGCUAGGGAUGAAUCUGCAAAUUCUGCUACCUUCAUUUAGAUUUUUAAAGGUAAAUAUUGAUUCCUAUACUCCAUGGUUUAUUUCUUCUCUUUGUUGCUUCUUUUUCCCAUGACCCCCUUAAAGGCAUGGAAUUGUGUUCUAGGAGACCUGAGAGGAAAAAGAUUCCUCUCUGCAGGAGGCAGCAGAAAACUGUCUGAAAGGUCAAUUGUUUUAUCUGCCUUUCUAAUUCCCUUUCCAAUUCUGCCUCCGUGAUCUGAAGAAGAAAAAGAAAUUAUGUGUAUGUAUCUGUAUAUAUGUGUAGAUAUUUAUAUCUCCUGCUACAAUAAUUCCACAUCCCAGUGAUUAAGUGAAUUUCUCAAUUAUUGUCAUACUUACCUUAUAGUAACAAAUUUCAGUGAUGCUGCCAAAACAACUCUAGGAGUAAAAAACAGGCUCUACAUUUUUCUUAAAUAGAUGGCGGGGGAACAGUUAUACUUAACUUGUCUAUUAUUUUUUAAAAUGCAUUGAAAUAAUGUGGUAUAACUUCUCUGGAGUGCAAUUUUAAGACUAAUCCAUGCAAAUGAUUGUGAUUAUUGUAAAAGAUUUCUUAUAUGUAUAUUUCUUAUAUAGAAAUCCUAUUUCUACUUCUUCAAAGCACAUUAAGACAUUCCGAAAGAACAAAUAGACUGGCUUGGCAAGUCACCACCUGAGAACCUACAAUAGUGUAAACAAGUGACCAGUAGCUCAGUUUCCUUUAUAUAGAUGUAUAGUGAUUCAAACUGCUACCUUUUCCUCCAGUACGUUCUUACUUGGGUCCUAACCUUUACAAAGUUCUAAAGCUGCUACAAUAGAGAAAUCAAAAAGAGUAACAGGAUCUGAGAUUUACAAUUUUAUCCUAUAUUAAGACAUAUACAUAUACACACACAAAAAAGUUUAAGGGACAUAUCUACUUCACACAUUGUUUUUUUAAUAAUAACAACAACAAAGGUUUAGGUUCUACUAAUUUAUGUAAAUACUUUGUGUAUUUUUAACUUCACAAAGUCUUUUCUGAAAUCUUCAUGGUAUGGCUUUUUUGAGUCUUUUGAUAGGUUUUCAGGCUGUAGGAAAAUGAUAUUUUGAAAUAUUAACCCUGACUAAUAUUUAGGGGCAUUUGCCAUGCCAUUAUUAUCAAGCUGGUCAAGGUAGAAAUACUGAUGCAUAUCACCUUUUCCAGAUGUGAACUUGCCUUAUUUUUUAGUUUGUGAGAAAAAAAAAGAAGUACUAUUAUUGAUAAAUUAUAUAUUUGUAUUUAGAGUAAUCCCACAUGCUUUUCACAAACAUUGUAAGACCUUUCAGGGUCUUUCAGGAAGUUCUGAUCACUGAAUUAAAGGGUUUGCUCCCCAGAUGUAUAAUGGUCCUGCUCUAGCCAUUUAUAGUUUUGUUUCAGAUUGAAAAUUAUCACCAAAAGAGUGCAUUAGUGACAUUUUUAGCAUAGAACCAAAUUAUACUAUAGUCUUUUGUUGAGUUUAUUACCGUCACAUGUGAGAAGCAGCACUUUAUACAGAUUUUUCAGAAAGUUUUUAAAAAGCGCAAAACCCUUAAAAAUGUUUACUGGUUGUAUUAGUUUCCUUCGGCUGCUAUAACAAAUUACCACAAACCUGGUGGCUUAACACAUCAGAAAUUUAUUCUCUAUGAGAUCUUAGAUCAUCUUUACUAUCAUUACUCUGAAUUCUUUUUCAGGUAGAUUGCCUUUCUCCACUUCACUCAGUUGUUCUUCUAGGGUUUUAUCUUGUUCGUUUGUCUGGAACAUAUUUCUCUACCAUCUUAUUUUGUCCGGCUUUCUGUGUUUUUGGUCUCCUUUCCACAGGCUGCAUGAUCAUAGUUGUUCUUACUUCUGGUGUCUGCCUCCUGGUGGGGUUGUUCUAGAGGCUUGUGCAGGCUUCCUGAUGGAAGGGACUGGUGCCUGCCCACCGGUGGGUGCAGCUGGGUCUGGUCCCUCUGGUGGGCAGAACCAUGUCAAGGGGUGUGUUUAGAGGCAGCUGUGGGCUCAGGAUGACUUUAGGCAGCCUGUCUGCUGAUGCAUGGGGCUGUGUUCCCACCCUGUUGGUUGUUUGGCCUGAGGGGUCCCAGCCCUGGAGCCUACAGCCUAUUGGGUGGGGCCAGGUUUUUGUAUCAAAAUGACAACUUCCAAGAGAGCUCAUGCCAGUGAGCACUGCCAGCAGCCUCCACCAUCAGUAUUCUUAUCCCACAGUGAGCCACAGCCACUAUUUCCCCAGGAGACCCUCAGCAGCUAGGUCUGGCCCAGGCUGCUAUGAAAUCACUGCUUUUUCUCAUAAUCCAGAUUAUCUAAAUCAGAAUUCCUUUGCAUCUGUGAAUCAGUGAAACAAGACGACAAAUUAUCUGCUUCCAAAAUACAGUGGUGGGACAGGCAUAUGGUAAUAGCUGUAGACAUUCCUAUUCCAAAAGGGAGAAAAAGGAACAGAGAAAGGAGUCACUUGUUCUGAUAAUUUUCAGAAUUCAGCCAGGAAGAAUCCAUUUAGCUUUCAAGGACUGGCAAUAAUCCUCCUUUUCUCAGAGCUACACCCUUUAAGCUGCAGCUCUGGCCUCUUGGCCUAUGGAUUGAGUCUUUGCCUAUGUGCCAUGGCUUGUACUUCUGCCUCUGAAUCUGCAGCUCUGCCCUAGGGUUGGUCCUUUCUAUUGAAGAGUAGCACCUGUUUGCAUCCUGUAAAAUUUUGGUACUCUUACAACCUUCUCUUGUUUUGUCUUGUCUCUGUCCCUUCCAGGCUAAGUCGGAACUGUUUCUGCUGGUAUAACUUUCUUCAAAACUUUGUAGGCUCCCCAUAUAUAUCACAUUGAUUCAAUAGUGAGAAAAGAAAGUCUUGACAGAUCUUUGCCAGAUGACCCCAUCUCUCUUCCUGGCUUCUACUGAGAUGGUUGUGUGGAUUAAUGAGUCAAUGGCUAAUCUCUUCAGCACCAGCCAAAUGUUAUCCAGUCUUCCUUUAUCUCCAGAGCACGCUAUCCUAAUAGUGAAUCUCCUAAUUUUAUCAUCUUUUGCAAUCUGAAUAGGCUCAGAAUUUCCUGAAUCGUCAAGUGCUGGUUCUUUUAUGCUUAACAGUUCUUUCUUCAAUUUAUCUCUUUCCUCUCAUAUAAGCUCAAGAAAAAAAAAAAAAAAACUAGGCUAUACUUCCAAUGUUUUGUUCUUAAAUUUCCUCAGUUAAAUAUCCAUAAUCAUUAGUUAUAGAUUUUACUUUCCACACAACUGUUGGAGAAAAUUUGGAUAAGCUUUUUUGCCAUUGUAUAACAAGGAUCACCUUUCCUCUAGUUUCCAAUAAAAUUUUUCAGUUCCUUCUGAGCCCUCACAAGAAGCACCUUUAACGUUCAUAUUCUUACCAACAGUCUAUUUAAGGCAAUCUAUGCUUUUUCUAUCAUAUACAUAAAAAUUCAUCUAGUGUUUACACAAUAUCUAAUUCCAAAGCCACUUACACAUUUGUAGGUAUUUGUUAGAGCAGUAUCUGACUUUCUGCUACUAAAGUCUGUAUUCUAUUCCUGUAGUUACUGUUAACAGAUUGCUCCAACUGUGGCCACUUAAGACAAGAGACAUUUAUUAUCUUACUGUUUUAGAGGCCAGAAGUCCUAAAUUGAGGUCUUGGCAGGGCUGCACUCCCUCUAGGAGAAAAUCUGUUCCUUGCCUUUCCCAGAUCCUUGUGACUGUCAUCAUUCCUUGGCUUGUGGCCAAAUCUCUGCUCUGUCUUCAUAUAACCUUUCCCUCUAUAUAUCUAAUCUACCUCUGCCUGUCUCUUAUAAAGACACUUAUGAAGGCAUUUAAGGGUCACCAGUUUAUCCAUGAUAAUCUCCUUAUCUCAAGAUCCUUAAUUUAAUUACAUCUAUGAAGACCCUUUUUCCAGAUAAGGUAAUGUCAUAGGUUCUGAGAAGUAGGAUAUGGACAUAUCUUUGGGGAGCCACCAUGCAGCUCAUGACACUAGUCAUUGCACAUAAAUGUACUUUUCACUUUUUAAAAUGUAUCCUUGGUGCUCAAGCCAAAUUCAAGGUUGUCUCUAAAAGCUAUUGUAUGCACAAGCUACUGCAUGCUUUGAUGUUAAAUGGCUGAACAGGCUAGUCAAAAUUCAGUUGAUACUUUUGUUACUAUGGCCAAUUAGCUUGAAAAAAAUACUUGGUUCCAAAUCUGAGCUCUGGUGUAUCUCUGCUACCCCUUUUACGGAGUCUUUGACCAAAUGUCUUCUAUGAUUAAUAAUGUAGGUAUAAAACUACCUCUGAUAUAGAAGUGUUCUUUAUAAGUUUAUUUUAGAUAUUGUAAAUCCCUCAGCUGAAAGGAGAGGUGACAGCAAGGCCUGUUUGAAUGGAUACUGAGGGAACUUGUGCCCAUACCAAGACAUUCAGAACAAGUAUUUCAAUAGCAGUAGAACCGUGGACUCGUGUUUUUGUUUUGCUUCGGAAUAAACACCUGCCUCUUUGCAGGACCAAGAAUGACUUUCGAUAUAUCUGUAAUGCCUACUUAUUCAAUAAAGUUAAGAUUACAUUAAA